UUGGAUUAUUUAUUAGGAAUUGAAAUUGAAAUUUAAAUAAAGAAUUCUUGUUGCCAUAAAAAUCAAAACUCUCUUAUAGGAAUUUUGAUUCAUGUUACUGUGAAAUUUUUAUUCUUAAUUUUUAUUCCCGUUUUUAUUUCCUGUGUAUCAAAGACAAUAGCUUAGAGUGCGUUUGAAAGUAAUUUUGAGAAGUGUUUAUUUGAUGGUAAUUCUGAAAAGUAUUUAUAAUUUUUUUAGUAUUUUUUAUUUUUUAAGGGUUAAAAGGAAAUUAUAAAAAAAAGAAAAAAAAAUCCUUGAAUUCAUUGAAAAAUAAAGUCGAAUCUUCAAUUCAACAUUCAUGCCUAAUCUCUUUUUAUCUAAACAUUUGAAAUAUUGAUGUUGUUUUUAAUGUACAUAUUAAUUACGAAUCAUUGGUCCAUGGAGGUGCAUUUCAUCUAAAUUUUUGUUUGUUUUCUAAUAUAAUUGGAAAAGUUUUGAAAUUAUUUCACCAUCUAAGAAUUUUUAAAUGUUUUAAAUAACAAUUAGAAGAAAAGUUUUCAAAAUUUCUUCGACAACGAGGAGAUGCUUAUAAAUCAAAACGCUGCAAAACAAAGAUCGGAAAUAAUUUAUGAAGUAAAAAUAAAAACCUUCUCCCUCCCUCGUUUGGCUGGUAAACUUCAUCUCCUCUUUCAUCAACAAAAGCCAAAAGGUGAAUAAUUUCCAUCUUGUUUUGAAAAGAUUUUUAACCCCCCUCCGAUGCUGUAAAUGGCGGCACAGUCGCCGAUCAAAGACCCUAUCGGAGCAUCCACUGAAACCCUAACCCAACAACCUGAUUCCUCUUCCUCCAUCAUUCCAACCGUCAAGUCUGAGAUUCCGGUCGCCGCCUCCGCUUCCCCUUCAGUUGGGAUUGUUCCCCGUGCUUCUGAACCGGAGACCAUCAACAUCCCCAGCUAUUCCAGGUGGUUUUCGUGGAACAAUGUCCACGAAUGCGAGGUUCGGUUCCUUCCUGAGUUCUUCGACGCUCGGUCCCCGUCCAAGAACCCUAGGGUUUACAAGUAUUACCGUAAUUCGAUAAUCCUGUCCUUCAGACAAAACCCUUCGAGGAAGCUCACGUUUACGGAUGUUCGGAAAAUUCUUGUUGGAGAUGUGGGAUCCAUUCGCAGGGUUUUUGAUUUUCUGGAGGCUUGGGGUUUGAUUAAUUACUCCGGUUCUGCCUUGAAACAGCCGUUGAAAUGGGAAGAGAAGGAUAACAAGUCCGGUGGGGCGUCUUCGCAUACCGGGGAUGCUGGAGGAGGUGCUGUUGAAUCUAUUCCUAAGAGGAGAUGGUGCAGCGGCUGCAAAUCCCUCUGCAGCAUUGCUUGUUUUGCCUGUGAUAAGUUUGACUUGACUCUCUGUGCACGGUGCUAUGUUCGUGGCAAUUAUCGGGUUGGGGUCAAUUCUUCAGAUUUUAGGCGAGUUGAAAUCAGUGAAGACACAAAAGCAGGUUGGACUGACAAAGAAACUUUGCACCUUUUAGAAGCUGUCUUGCAUUAUGGUGAUGACUGGAAGAAGGUUGCGGAGCAUGUUGGUGGUAGAAAUGAGAAAGAAUGUGUUACUCAUUUUAUCAAGCUUUCUUUUGGGGAGCAAUAUCUUGGACAUACAAGCUCUGGGGAUGUUGAUAACAAGUUUUCUCAAGCGAAGGACCAGAGUGAUGCUGGAUUUGGACAGGAAAAUAUUGGCACUUCUUCCGCAAGUAAAAAAAUGCGACUCACGCCACUUUCUGAUGCAAGCAACCCAAUUAUGGCUCAGGCUGCAUUCUUGUCGGCUUUGGUGGGUGUAGAGGUUGCAGAAGCUGCUGCUCGAGCAGCUGUUGCAUCUUUGUCAGAUGUGGAUCCUAGAAAAAUGAAAGAGGGUCUUGGAUCUUUUGCUAAUGGUGCAAGAAUACAAGACCCUAAUGUGGAAUCCAAUGGCAACACCACCUCAAAUGUGUUGGAAGGAGCUUAUGUAGAUGCAAAGUCACUGCUCGAGAGGGAAGAGCUGGAUGUGGAGAGAGCAAUUUCUGGCAUUACUGAAGUGCAGGUGGGUAAAAUUUGUAAAAUUACAGGUCAUCAAUAUCUAUGCCAAAAAGAGGAACGAGAUGCUAUUUGCCAUUCAUUAAUUGUCGUGUUGGGGAACACCCAAAAACUUUUGCAGAUGAAGGAGAUUCGGGAUAAGAUUGUUCAUUUUGAGGAGUUUGAAUUGCAUAUGGAGAAAGAGUGGCAACAGCUCCAACAAAUGAAGAACCUACUCUUUGUUGAUCAGCUCACCCUUCUGUUUCAAAAAGCUGCUGCACCAAAAACUGGAGAAUUGAUGGGGGGCGAGAAUGUUAGAACAGAUUGAUCCUUUUUUCCUGGAUAUCCCAGAAAGAUAUUCAUGUAAGGAAUUAGUAUUUUUUUUUGCCAAAAGACUCAUCCAUCAAUUCUGCAAAUGAAUGUGAAGCAACUGCAAAGGUGUGGAAAAAAUUUUCAAUGGUAGCAUAGAGAUAAUUUCCCUUC